CCAGCAUCUCUCUCUGUUUUGUUGAGAUCCUCUCUCUCUCUCCCUACAGCUCUACUCCCUCCCUCCCUCCCUCUCUCUCUCUCUCUCUCUCUCUCUCUCUCUGAAAGAUGAGCACAGGGACCAGCACCUUUGUGAUCAGAUGGAUCAACUUUCUCACCAUGCUGAUAGCAGUCGCUGUAAUUUGCUUUGGUGUGUGGAUGAGUAUCCACCAUGAUGGUUGUCGAAAGUCCCUAACUCUUCCUGUGCUGGGUCUUGGUGCCUUCAUCCUUCUCAUAUCAUUAAUUGGGUUUAUGGGCGCCCUGAAGAAUAUUGCCGCAUUGUUGUGGAUUUAUUUGGUGGUGUUGUGCUUGGUCUUGAUUGCGAUUCUAGUGUUCACGGUGUUGGCGUUCAUCAUAACAAAUAAUGGUUCUGGUCAUGCUGCUCCUGGACUGAAGUACAAGGAGUAUCAACUCAAGGAUUACAGUUCUUGGUUUCUAAAACAACUGAACAACACACAGAACUGGGAACGCUUGAAGAGCUGUCUUGUGAAAUCUGAAGACUGCAACAACUUGCCCAAGAAAUACAAGAAUCUUAAACAGUAUAAACUGGCAAAACUGACCCCCAUAGAGGCUGGUUGCUGUCGGCCACCAUCUGAGUGUGGAUAUCCUGCCGUCAACGCAUCCUACUAUGAUUUGAGUUUUCAUCCGAUCAGCACAAACAAAGACUGCAAGCGGUACAAAAACUCUCGGGCCAUCAAGUGUUACAGUUGUGAUUCUUGCAAGGCUGGGGUUGCGCAGUACAUGAAAACUGAAUGGAGAGUCGUUGCUAUCUUUAAUGUGGUUCUGUUUGUUGUUCUGUCCAUGAUAUACUUUGUCGGGUGCUGUGCAAGAAGAAAUGCCUCAAGGAAUCUUUCAAAGACCUGAAAAAAAUGGCCCUUUAACACUCGUUAAGCUAAAAAGACUCGACUCAUUUGAGGUGAACCGUUCAGGGAGUUUGUUUGGUGUUUUGUGUAACUCUUACACGAUUCGAUGGCCUGGGUUCAAUGGGGGAUGAUUAGAGAAGGCCCACAGCUUUCUAUCAGGGGCGACAUCAAGUCUGUUAUAUAGUGAAAUUCUUUCGCCAAAUGAUCAAAUGUUACAUUUCCUCCUAUCAAUUCCUUUGAUCAUUCUGUAUCUGUGUACUGGAGAUUUGUAAAUGUUGAAUUGAACUUUGGGCAUUGGCCAUGAUAAUACAUAUCUAGAAGCUUGUUUUUUGCAUUUUUGUUUAUUGAAUCUUGCUGCUAUGUAUAGCUGGCUAUGUUGUUGUAGCGAAUAUUCUGCACAAUAUGAAUGCAACUACAAAAAAUACCUGGUCAGCUUGUUAAGGUA